AUGGAAGGUAAUACAGAUUACAACUUGAAAACUCCAAAUAUUAUAGAGCCCACUUCGGAUGUGCCCUUAGUGACAGCCAAAAUCCUCUCCAAUCAAAAUCUUGUCUUGAUUCAUAUUCCAAGUAAUCACGUACCGCACUGUCAAACCAUUCAUAUGGAAGCCUUUUUUCAGCUUGACGAUUUGAAAAACAUUCUGGGAGCUGUCGGGGUUGAUACUGAUGUUGAAGCAGCCAAGCUUGUUAUUUCACGGUUAGAAGGCAAGAGCAUUGAUGAGGUCAUUGCUGAGGGUCAAUCUGGUUUGGUCACAGUAAGUAAAGAUUUUUUUGUAAUUCACUUAUCUAACUGUAUAUACAUUACAAGUUCUAUCGUCUCUACGGAAAAGUCCAAAGACUUUUGCAGUAAAGAUGCACCUUUUUUAUUAACAUGA